GACGUCACUUCCGUUUGAUGACCCUGCGGGGAGUCGGAGGCCUUUUCGUUUCAGAUUAAGUUGGCUAUCUAAACCCAGAACAUAGUUGUUGGAUGAUGUUAUGCGAUGCCUUUGCCUCCAAGGCCUGUGUUAGCUUCUGAAGUGUGAUGGCCCAAGCUGAACAAGAGCUUGCUGUUGAAAUCAAGCAGGAACCCGCCUGGCAAGAAUACGGAUCUAAUCAAGGAGGAUUGGAUGGGAGUUCUCCUAAGUCACCUGAUUCUCAAGGCACGGAAAACAUAGAAAUGGGAGACCUCGAUAACGAAUCGGCAACGGUCGAAGAUCUCGGUGAGGAAUGGUGCGAGGACGAGGCCGGUAAUCUCUGUGACCCGCUCGCUCACAUGACCUCCGAUGUCCUGGGGUCGCCCGAAUCAUCGGAUGGUGGAGAUGGAAGGAACUACGGCACAAAGAGAAACAGAACCGAAUCGCACUUGAGAAGCGGACGAAGGGCGCCCCCAAGUUUCAACCAGAACUCUCGGGUUUCUCCUAGGAGGUCACAACAGAAGAGGUAUUUUGGGAAGGUGGAGGAUGAGGCACGGGGCUUCUUUGAGGAUGAUGAUGAUGAGGAAGAUGAGGAGGAAGAACAAGACCCCCGUGAUGUACCCAUAGCCGUCCCGCCCCCUCGGAGAGUGCGCAGCAACCCUGUCGAGCCCUCUCCGGAUCUCCCUGAUGAAAGCUACGACGAGACGGGCAAGAAGAGGCGUCGGCGGAACAUCGUUGCCUUCCUCUUCACUCCCGAGCAGGAGAAAGAACUUGCUGAAUGGUACAGAGACAAUCCACGAUUUUAUGACAAGCGGUGCAGAGAGUUCCGGCGCACCAACCUCAAGCGACGCAUUAUAGAGGACAAGGCCAAAGAGUAUGUUGACGAAGAAGGAAACGUUUGCUCACUGGCCCAACUUACGACUUGGAUGACAAACAUGCGUACGUAUUACGGGAGACUGGACAACAUCGGCCGGAGUAAGUACCUCCCAGAGGGCGCCUUUCUCCCACCUGACCACAGGUUGACCGACAGGGAGCAGUGGAUCAAAGAAUCUUUUAAGUUCCUAUCGGACCACAUUGUCAGGAUCAGGAGUCGAAAAGGUGUUACGUUAGGUAUAUACAACAAGAGGAAAAGAAAGGGAGAGCAGUUGGACACCCAAGCUGGUAGCCAUACUGGUAGCCACACUGAUAGCCUCACUGAAAGCCUCACGGACAGCAUCGUGACCGAUCCAAUCGAAGAGCCCAUGCAGGUUGUCAAGAUUGAAGAACUUGUUGACACCGCCCCUGGUACCAGUGGAACCGGUCUGGGCACCAGCGCAGGUGGAGCAACUCUGCAGGGAUGGAGUGACGGGAAGGAGUUGGUCGGUGCCAAGGUGGAGGUGUCUUCGAUCCAGACAGUAGUUCCCUUGAUACCAUCAAGAGUCCCCUUAUUGCAGACAGGGAUUCCCUCAAUUCAGACAGGAAUUACCUCAUUGCAGACGGGAGUCCCCGCGUUGGAGACGGGGGAUCCCUCAAUGCAGACAGGAGUACCCGCGUUGCGGACGGGAGAUCCCUCGAUGCAGACAGGAGUUUCCUCGAUGCAGACGGCAGUUCCCUCGUUGCAGACGAGAGCGCCCCUGAUGCAGACAGCACCGGUCGAGAAGAUGGAUGUCGGCACCAUAGAAAGGAUAUGUGCAAGAAUAAUAGAAAAAGGUCCCGUCCAGCCCACAGCCACUCCCGACUCUCCGCACUCAGCAGAACUCAACGACUUUGCUCGCACCAUCGUCAGCAGCAUGAGGCGCAUCCCGGAGGAGAGAUGGAACGAUGUCAAAACCGACAUUAUGCUGGUCAUCCGGAAUUAUUCCAAGCCUUCGGGAGCGACACCAGCGGCCCCGCCACCUGCUGCUUCGUACCCUGUGGGGUACUGGCCACCUGCCCCGCCCGCCCAUGCUCCCCCGUACGACCCCAAUGCCGUCCACGGGUACGGCUACCCCAAUCAUCCAGGCGCAGGGUACUACCGACCACCUACGGCGCCCUCUACCGGUCCAACACCAAUGUACCCUCCGAUGCCACCUCACUCGCACCCCCCGGGUCCUCCUCAAGGGCAGCAGUUCAUGCAGGCACCGGUAACGACAGCACCCGUCGCCACCAUCUCCGGCAUCACGGUAUCCACCACUUCCGUCUCAACAACAUCUGGAUCGUAAUGGAGGAUCUUUCCUGAACAUCUAACUAAGUCUGAGGAACUGUAUGGAGAACUGAAAGAACAUUUCUUGAUGCUCAUGCAUUGAUGACACACGUGCUUAUGAUCUUGAAGAAAACAACAGUAUAUCCUUUGCUGAAUAUAGGGCUCAAGGAUAGAUCGGGCCCCGUUGUACAAAGACUUACGAUUGAACCAAUCAAUCGUACGAUUGCUCUGGAAAUCCAUCAAUGUCAUGAUUUUUUCUACAGGAAAUUUGCACAAUGUCUUUUGUAAACAAAGAGAAGCACAGUGAAUUUUCAAGAAAACAUUGAAUGCAUGAAUAUACAUCAUAGUUACAAAGAGUUAUGAUUGAUCCGAUCAAUCCCAACUAUAUGGAAGUCCAUCCAUACCAUAAUUUUUUCUUUUGGAAAUUUGCUCAAUGUCCUUUGAAAACAAAGUGAAGCAUACUCAAUUGUCAAGAAAACAGUGAAUGUAUAUGUCAUUUCUAGAAAAUAUUUUGAACAAACAUGUAUUUGAGAUGUUGUCGUUGCUGGCUUUCCAUAGUUGUGAUUGAUCGGAUCUAUCGCAGCUCUUUGUAAGACGGGCCCCAUAAUAUUAGGCAGAUGGCUGGCGACUGUUCUUUGGAAUGGUAUAAGAAGUUGUGGAGGGGACUAAAAAAACUACAACUCAUAGAGCAACUCGAGUUUAUUGUGGACUUCAGGCUGAGUAACACGUUUCUUGCAGCUAAACUUGCCAUGAUAAAUAUGUACAAACAUUUUUCAUUACUCAUGAGAGUUUGAAGUGAUGACAGUGAUGAUAAAAAUAGAUAGGUCUUGAGUGAUAUACAAUGGACUCGGCUAAAGCUGACCUUCCAAAAGUCAAAUAAUUGCCCGAGUCAGAGCAUUUCUUCAGACCUGAAUAUGCAGACUUGUGUAAUUAUAUCUUUUUAGUUUAAUUUUGCUGAAAUAGAACAAGAUUUCUUUGAUCCCAAAAGACUUUACUCUUUGCCUGCCACAGACAGAAUCACUCCUGCGUCAUAGUAAUUUCAAGGUGCAACCUUUAGAGGGGUUUUGCAUUGACCAUGCUAAUUCAGCUCACAAAAGCUUUUGAUUGGUUUAUUGCACACAUCACUAUUGUGUAUGUGUGUCUGAACAAUAGACUUUAUACACUCUGUGUGUAUUGUGAAUGAAAUAUUACUUGAGUCGAAGUUGGCAGCCCCCUGAAUGUUACUCUAGUCGAACAAAGCAGGCAAAGAGUUAAGGGCAAUUCCAUAAAAUAUGUACAUGCGACCCCCUAUAUGUUGGACCUUCAUGAAAUUUUCUGUCUCUGAUUUCUUGUUCUUUUCAAUUCAAUUUAAUUCUAUUUCAUUUAUUAACCAUAUAAAAAUAUCCAAAUACAAUGUAAAAUAUUAUGUAUAAAUGCAUAAAUGUAGCAAAACAUGAAUACAACAACAACUAAAUUUAAUUUAUACAUUCAUGUAAAAAAGUCUACGUCUUUUGAAGUCUGUGAUGCUCUUAAAGGACCAUGACUUGGUUAGUUUAUGAAGUGAAGCAAGACUUGAGAAAAAUGGGGGUCGGACGUAAAAAAGGGUUGAUAAUUUUAUGGAAUUGCCCAUAAGCAGAUUUACCUGUAUAUUACAUUGUAUGUAACAGCCUCUCAAUGCACGUCUAAAAGGACUCGCUGGGGUAUCUUAUCAACAUUUGUCGUUUGACAAGUUCAGGGGGGUGUUUACAGAGAGUAAAGUGCGACUUAGAAUUGUGCUUAAAUACUGACGCUACUUACGAUACAUAACGCACAAUCUUAUUGAUUCCUAAGCAAUAGCGUGUCAAGUUAGCAUGAUUUGACCAAUGGCGGUGAUGUCUUUUAUACCCCAUGCAACUGGAAAUUGAAAUGCGACUCUGGUCACACUUCAAUCUUUGUGAAAUACUAACAUCCCCAGAUCUAACAACUUUCCGUGAGUUCGAUUAGCUGGGAAGCUCAUGUGUCUGGCUGUUGCUAUGAUAACUAUUGGAUGAUGAAAUCUUAUCAUUGCUGGCUUCUGUAUCUAAAAAAAAUAAUGAGAGGGAGAGAGCGAGAGACAUGAGUGAGAGAGAGAACAAUCAAGUUAUUUUCAAUUACUUCUGUCAUGACCGUACUUAAUGAAUAUUUUGUUUAUAGCGCUGUAAAUAAAUGCAAAACAAAGCAUAAAC